AUGGAAAGAGACGGAAUGUCGGGCAGGUCUUGGGUGGUACAGUUUCGAUCCGGACUCCGGCUCAACCUUGAUUGUGCUCAGUUGGUGAAGAUGGUGUCCAAGCCAACAGAGUGGCCAGCUUUUGAGAUUUUACUUGACGAAAUGGAGAAAUGCAGAAGGAUGUUCCAGACAUUCUCCCUUACACACAUCCCCCGAACAGAAAACACGAAGGUAGACAAGCUAGCACGGAGUGCUCGGGAUCAGCCUCACAAUGUGUACUACAUCAACUCAGUUCCACCGGUCUCGCUCCAGGUACGGUCGUAG